GAAGUGACCCCGUGUUGUUGUACCCGGUAGUCACUUCGCAAUGCUGCCACCGCUCGUGCCAUGGCCCUUCUUCUCAAGUUUUUCCGCCACAACAAUAGAAAAUGAGUAGUGGCUCAAACCAGAGGACGUUGUUCCAGACAUGGGGCGGACCCGUCUCUCAAAACAAAGCUUUUCCACCCAAGAAAGAGGUCAAGAAAGCCGCUGGGCGGCGCAGAGCUAACGUCGCCCCGAGCAACGGCGCCCAGGUAGCUAACGUGACAACACGCCUCCCCUCUCUUCCCCCCAACCCUCUCUGGCCUCAAAUAGGUCACGGGGCGAGGACAGAGGACCCCCCGCCUCUGUAUGAAUAUGACGAUGACGACGACGACCUUAUGGUGGUCGCCGUGUCCGAGGCGGAAAAGUGCCUACAGCUUAAUGAUGCGAACUAUUUUCGAAAUGACGCCCGUGUAUCAACCGAGAGCGCUGCCCUCGGUCCCUCCGCGUCACCCGGGCGAACCUACCCGGACCUCCCUGGCUUCGACGGCUCCUCGGCCAAGGUAUGGAUCUACCCCACCAACUACCCCAUCCGGGAGUACCAGGUGAAGAUAUCGGAGGCCGCCCUCUUUCGGAACACGCUGGUGUGUCUGCCCACGGGCCUGGGGAAGACGUUUAUAGCCGCCGUGGUUAUGUACAACUUCUACCGCUGGUAUCCAUCGGGGAAGAUCGUGUUCAUGGCGCCCACCAAGCCUCUGGUGGCGCAGCAGAUCGAGGCUUGCUACAAGGUGAUGGGGAUCCCUCAGGCUCACAUGGCUGAGCUGACAGGCACCACUGCGGCGAACCGCAGAGAGGACGUGUGGAGGACCAAGCGCGUCUUCUUCCUCACCCCUCAGGUGAUGGCGAACGACCUGUCCAGAGACACCUGUCCCGCCCAGCAGGUCAAGUGCGUGGUGAUCGACGAAGCCCACAAGGCGCUGGGCAACCACGCCUACUGCCAGGUGAUCAGACAACUCUGCAGCCAGACUUUGCAAUUCCGCAUCCUGGCCCUUAGUGCGACUCCAGGGGGGGAUACAAAGUCGGUGCAAUCGGUGAUCUCUAACCUGCUCGUCUCCCACAUCGAGCUGCGUUCAGAGGAGAGCCCCGACAUCCAGGCCCAUUCCCACGAGCGCAGUGUGGACAAAAUGGUGGUUCCUCUGGGAGAGAGCCUCUCCGCGCACCAGGCGCGCUACCUGCAGGUGCUGGAGAAAUUCAUGUCUCGUCUGGUCCAGAACCGGGUCAUGGCCCGCAAAGACCUGCGGACUCUCAGCAAAUACCAGAUCAUCCUCGCCAGGGAUCAGUUUCGCAAGAACCCACCAUCAGGCAUCAAGGGUCCGCAGCAGGGAAUGCUGGAGGGGGACUUUGCCCUUUGCAUCAGCCUGUACCACGGCUACGAGCUGCUGAUGCAGAUGGGGCUCAGAUCGCUCUUUUUUUACGUCCAGGGCAUCAUGGAGGGAUCCAGAGAGAUGCCCAGGGCCAGAAAUGAGCUGCAGAGGACCCCUGUCUUUGUGGACCUUUACCACGAGAUGCAAGCGAUGUUCGUGAAGCCGUCUGCUGGUCCCGAUGAGCCUUUCAUUUACAGCCACCCCAAACUGAAGAAAUUGGAGGAGGUGGUGCUUCAGCACUUCAGACGGUGGGCUGAGAGCUCUGAAGACAGUAAUGGUCCUCAGGAGGUAAGCACGCGCGUGAUGAUCUUCUCAUCGUUCCGUGAGAGCGUACAGGAGAUCGCCGACAUGUUGAACCACCAUGCCCCGCUGAUCAGGGUCAUGACCUUUAUGGGCCAAGCUUCAACAGGGAAGGCAGUCAAAGGCUUCACACAGAAGGAACAACUGGAGGUGGUCUGCAGGUUCCGUCGGGGAGGCUUCAACACACUGGUGUCGACCUGUGUCGGGGAGGAGGGACUGGACAUCGGAGAGGUGGACCUCAUUGUUUGCUUUGAUGCACAGAAGAACCCCACCCGCCUGGUGCAGCGAAUGGGGCGCACCGGGCGUAAGCGGCGCGGACGAAUAGUUGUCAUCCUGGCCGAGGGACGCGAGGAGAGGACGUACAACCAGAGCCAGAGCAACAAGCGCAGCAUACACAAGUCCAUCAUUGGCAACAAAAUCAGUUUCCACAUGUACCCCAACAGUCCGCGCAUGCUGCCGGAGGGGGUGAACCCCACCAUGCAUAAGAUGCACAUCACCUGUGGCCAGUUCGACCAUCAGGAGAGCGGCAGGCGGUCCGUCAGGGGUCGACGGUCCCAUUCUGAGGGUCGGGCCUCACUCAUCCACCCUCAAAACCUGAUUCGGCAGGGCAGCACAAAGUCGGAUGGGUUUCUGACCAGUGCUGAAUAUUCCCUCUGGGCAUCCACCAUGAGGCUGGAGGAGGAUGAAGCUCAUCCAACCCUGAAACCGUCCCGGUUCAUGUGCCUGCCCGAUGAUGCAUCACCCCAGGAGGACGUUUCCAGAAGUGGACCACCGUCCAGAGACCUAUCUCUGUGGGAAUGGAGACACUGGCAGCACAAAGCACUUCCCACCCACGAUGUUGACCAUUCCCUCCGCUGCCACCACUUUGUUAAGGUGAUGGAACUCGUGGACGUCAUGAGAGAGGAAAAUGAGGGGGAGUGUCGUUAUGAGCAGGAGCUGCUUCCUUACCGCCACAAAGCGGGCGCUGUUUUCCACGGGAAGAAAGGUCAGAAGAAGUCGAAGGGCACAAAGACCUGCACUAAAAGUGCCAGAACCAUAGCCGAGCCGCCCCCCUCUGCGUUCUCUGAUGCAGAAUACUUGGACGCCGACGAAGAAGAAGAAGCUGAUCUAGGACAGACGCGAGGGAGGAGCACAGGUUUCACAUCGACUGUGGCUACACAGGGACUUCCUGUUGCAGACCACACCGCGGCGUCUUGGGAUGACAUCACGGGUCACCCGGGGCCCGAGGCGAUCUGUCCUCUUCCCUCAAACAAUGACCGCCCCGAAGCGGGCGUGGACGACGACCGUGUCUUUAUUAACCAGGACGCCAUAAAGUCAGAUCAGGCAGUCGGCGAUAGAACGUCACAGUUGAUAACAAAGAUCGACGACGAUGAAGGUGUUGAACUUCAGGCGAUGUUUUACCUGCCUGAAUGCGACCCAGGACCUCCUUCGUUUGCUAAACUCCCGGCAGCAGAUCCGAGUCUGAAGGUCAUUCUGGCCAACGUGGCGGAGCUCCUGUCCAGAUCGCCGCCGCCGACUUUAGAUUUAGCGGCUGACAUGGCCCCUGCGUCACUUCCCCCCUCUCCUCCCCAUCAGCCGUUCCAGGUCACCUUCGCCCUGGAUGUCGACGACGAGGAUGACGAAGUGAUGAUGAUUGACGACGUCGCGCCGAGGCCGGACGGGGAAGAGGACGGUGAACUCUAUUCUCUUCGGCCUCGCCGGGAGCAGCGACGGAGUGGCGGCACGGGCAGCGCGGCGGCGAGCAGUCCGACCUGGGAGGAAGUUUUUGGGGAAGAAGAAACUAACGACGAUGGGGACGUAAGGGAUAUCGCCAUGGAGACGGACAAUGACCUUCUCGAGGAGGACGAAGGGGUCGGCGGGGAUGCUGAGAAGUUCAUGGAGAUAAAUAUUGGGAACGAUGGCGCGACGAGUCUGGGCGAUGGGAGGCAAGAGGAGAUGGCGGACUCGACCCGUGGCGUGGAAGACGCCCGCAGAGCUCAGAUGGACGCCAGCAUGGAUCUGUUCGGGGACGACGAGGUCUUCCUGCAGAUCACCAUCCCGGACAUCUCUACACCUGGCGCCGCAUCCCGGACUCCCCCGACCACCGGAGACGUCGCAAAUAGAAGGAUGGCCAACGCUUCGCACACACUUACCCCGGCGAUCUCGUGUCACGCGGACGAGUCGUCGCGCCCAAACCACAGGACUCCCUCUCCGCGCGCCCAGUUAACAGAGACGAAACCCUCUGCGGCACCGAGUAGAUCCGAGCCAGGCGCCUCAGAGACGGGCGAGGGCAUCGCGGCUCAACGCGAAACAGUCGAGCGCUCCCACGUGUACUACUCCGUGAACUUCGACCUCGGCUACUCGCUGGAGGACUCCGACGAAGCGGAGGAAGAGGCCGCCGCGCCAUGUUCACCGACAUCCCCGCAGCACAGAGAGCCGGCCGGGUCCGCGGCGCCCCGGCCGGCCGCGCCAGGCUCUUCCACUCCCUGUUACGGCUUCCGUGGACACAGAAAGCCUCUCCUGUCCACCACAUCCACGCCGGACGGGCUUUCACUGCGCAGGGGGGGAGGAACGUCGCCUCUCCCAGCUUCCGCCGCGGUUCCUGGAGGCGGCGCACUUCCGUCUCCGAUCGCAUCCGCGGGCAGCAGGCGGACGCUCGUGCCCAGCGGGCCCGCGGCUCCGUCUUUGGGCGUCGGCUUAAAACGGAAACGACUGGAGAACAGGUUCCCUCCUCGUCCAGAUUCUUUCUUAGUGGAGUGCAGCAGUGACAGCGAGGAGGACGUUGCUGUUCGUAAGACAAGACAUCAGAACAGGGUGAAACCCUUCUCGUCCCCGGACGUGUCAAAGACCUCCAGUGACGUGGACUCACCGUCCCCGGUGGUUGUGAAGAAGAAACGGGCAGCUGCACUCAAUACUACCGAAGAAACAGAGGCUGAAGCCGUUUCGGUUUCGGAUGAUGAUUUCCAGGAUGAGUUUGGGUUCACGCGUAGAACCGCGGCACACGUUGCUGAGAGGAAAAGCGCCCAACAAGGCAACGCCAAGUACCCCGCAUGUCGAAAAGGGCACCAGUUCCUGGACGUAGAAGCAGAGAUGUCGGAGGACGGCGGGGCAGACGUGUCGUCUGACGAAGAGGAUGGAGAAGAGCAGAACCGCUCUCUGGAAGGCUUCGUGGUUGACAACACACACCUAUCACAGGGACUGGAUGACUCUGAGAUGCACGGCGUUUACCUGAAGUCGGUGAAAAGCCCCGCGCUCCAGGGAAGGUUCAAAAUGUCCUACAAAAAUCGUCACAACAUGGACAUAUUUUCUCAGGUGCCUGAGGUGGAUGAAUCCUACGCCGAGGACAGCUUUGUGGUGGGAAGCGAGGUGGAGAGCAGCGAGGGGGAAGCCGAAGACGUGGAACUCAUGCCCGAGGAAUCCUUCGUGGAGGGGCGGCGGCAGUAUGCGACCAGGCGGCGCGUGUUCCUGCGCAGAGCGAGGGCAGGAACCGGCGGCGCCAUCACAACCGGAGCCCCGCCAGAGCGGAGCGCUGAGGCGAAAACCAAGCGCCUCCGUGUCAUACGGCUCGACGACUCCAGCGAGGAGGAGGAGACGGGGGAAGUUGGUAAAAAGGCGGGUCUUGGAAAGGAAGCGGCCGCCGACGUCCCUCUGCGGCAGAAGGCCGUACAGACGGAGCCCAGCGGGCUGCAGCAGCAGAAACCUUCGUCCUGCUCGUCUUCAACCAUCGCGUCCAAGUUCUCGUCCCUGAGCAAGACCCAACGGUGCUCCGUGAGCGAGGAGCAGCAGGAGGAAAGGUGGCGACAGAGGUUGGAUGAUCAGCAUUUGCUCUCCGAUGAGCUCGAUUUCAGAGAGGGGAGAGCGGAGGUGUUAUCCUCCAAGAAAGAGCCCCAGAUCCCUGCGCCUCCUGCCACCUCCUCAGCUCCACAGACGUCCGCCGCACAGGACUCGCCGGUCGGCCGGCCCGCCGCUCCUCCCGCACCCGUCUGCAUUCUGGUGGACAGUCGCUGCAUUGGCAACGGGGCGGAGCUGAUCAGCAGCCUCCGGCGGAGCGCCGGGGCCACCGUCCACGUCUGCUCACUGGACGGCGGCUACUUCAUUGUCAGCGGCCGCAUGGCGGCGGAGAGGCACAGCCAGUCGGACUUGGCCGCCAUGCAGAACCGCAAGCGCCUGGCCGAGAGGGUGAACGGCCUGCUGGGCUCGUUCGAGCGCGUGUGUCUGAUCGUGGAGAAGGACCGAACCAAGCCAGGCGAGGCGUCGCGUCCGCCUCAGCGAACGCGCUGCUACGACAGCACUUUGACGGCGCUGGUGCGCGCCGGCGCGCGCCUGCUGUGGAGCGACGGCGCCGAACAGACGGCCGGCCUACUGGUGGAGCUGGCGCGCCUGGAGCAGCGCAAAGGUCAGGGCAUCACUGUGCCGUUGGAGGUCAAAGGGCAGCACAGGCAGCAGGCCCUGCAGCUCUACUUGAGCCUGCCCUCGGUGAACUACGUGCACGCGCUCAGCAUGAGCCACAACUUCAGGUCCAUCGGCCAUCUCGUCAACAGCUCCGUUGAAGCCAUAGAAAAGGGAGGCUGCAUGAGUCGAGCCAGAGCCGAGGAGAUUUACCGCUUCCUGCGCUACUCCUGCGACUCAGUCUUCAUGAACACAUCCAAAGCAGGAAAAACCAGCUGAAAUCUAUACCUCCCUUCCUUUAUUUGUCCACUGCUUUCUUUGUCUUCAGGGCCCCCGCCCUUCUUUUUGUCGUCGGACCCACAGUAACCCAUCGGUCUGGAGUUAGUUGAGUCUCCAAGUACCUCAGAAUGAUAAUUCAACCUUCUUGCACAGGUUGAAAUGGAAGCACCAUACAACCACGCUAGUUUUUCCUUAAAGUACCCUGGUGUAAAGGCAUACUGGUUUUAUGCUGUAUUUAAUUUGAAGUGUUUCCCUUAAGACUCAUGUCCCAACACUAAUCCAGUCAGGUGGUGUUUUGAUCAGUGUUUGAUACUUGAAUAACUUAUUUUUGCCACAUCAUGUAUACAUUUGUUGACAAUGCUACUCUAUAAAGUAAAUAUGGUAUCAAAUUACUUGAAUAAAAAGCACUAUUUUUUUAA